CACGGUCCACAUUUCCAGAGACACGCAGACUCUGCCACCGACAUUCAAGCCCGCGUAACAAGACAAGCAGAGCCGGACGCGUCCCGCUCUCCUGGAUAGGUCUCUCACCUCUCUCCCAGGACUUGGUUAGCCCUCUAUUCUCCCGGACGGACGUCAGCUUCCCCGCAGAGCUCCCAGGAUAUAACUUGUUCCCAGUAGCAGAACCGGAGAUCCUGGAAGAUGGGUUCACUCCCUGCCAUAUCUGUCCUUAUUUUGGGCAUUGUGGUUCCAGCGCUGGCCGGCUAUAUUGAGGCACUAGCAGCCAAUGCAGGCACAGGGUUUGCCGUGGCCGAGCCACAGGUGGCAAUGUUCUGCGGAAAGCUCAACAUGCACGUCAACAUUCAGACCGGCCGCUGGGAACCCGACCCAUCCGGAACCAAGAGCUGCGUAGGAACCAAAGAGGGUGUGCUGCAGUACUGCCAGGAGAUGUAUCCCGAGCUCCAAAUCACAAACGUGGUGGAAGCCAACCAGCCAAUCCGUAUCGAGAACUGGUGCAAGAAGGAGAAGAAGGUGUGCAAAGGGCAUGCCCACAUCGUGGUGCCUUACAAAUGCUUAGUGGGCGAGUUUGUGAGUGACGUGCUUCUGGUUCCAGAGAAGUGCAAGUUCUUCCACAAGGAGCGGAUGGACAUGUGCGUCAGCCAUCAGCAGUGGCACAGUGUGGCCAAAGAGGCCUGUGCCAAGAGCUCCAUGGUGCUGCACAGCUACGGCAUGCUGCUGCCCUGCGGCAUCGAUAAGUUCCACGGCACAGAGUACGUGUGCUGCCCCUCCUCUCGCGGCGGUGAGGCCGCCGCCCCUUCCCUGCCCUCCCAGGAGGACGACGAGGACGAGGAGAUGGAGGACGAGGAGAUUGACGAGAUGGACCUGGAAGACGAAGACGCCGUAGAGGACAGUGACACACCAGCCGACGAGCAGCCCACACAAAAGGAGGUGCCGGUGCAGGAGGAGGAAGACGAGGAUGAGGACGAUGAGGAGGAGUACCACUACGUCUACGAGGACGAGGAGGCGGAUAAGGAGGAAGAGGACGAGAAGAAAGAGAUCAGCAAAAUGUCCGAGAGCCAGGACGAGGACAAGACUCUGCAGGAAGUGAAAGCGGUGUGCACCCUGGAGGCUGAGACCGGGCCCUGCCGCGCCUCCAUGGCCCGCUGGCACUUCGACCUGAGCCAGAGGAAGUGUGUGCGCUUCGUGUACGGGGGCUGCGCCGGCAACCGCAACAAUUUUGACUCUGAGGAGUACUGCAUGGCCGUGUGCAAGCGUCUGACCGCCACUCCGCCCACUCCUCAGCCCACCGAUGAUGUGGACAUCUACUUUGAGACCCCGGCCGACGACAAGGAGCACAGUCGCUUCCAGAGGGCCAAGGAGCAGCUGGAGAUCAGGCACCGCAACCGCAUGGAGAGGGUAAGAAAAGAGUGGGAAGAGGCUGAUCGCCAGGCGAAGAACCUGCCCAAGGCUGAGAGGCAGACUUUGAUCCAGCACUUCCAAGCCAUGGUGGAGUCCCUGGAGGAGGAGGCAGCCAGCGAGAAGCAGCAGCUGGUGGAGACUCACCUGGCCCGGGUGGAGGCCAUGCUGAAUGACAGGCGCCGUCUGGCCCUGGAGAACUACCUGGCUGCCCUGCAGGCCGACCCCCCUAGGCCCCACCGCAUCCUGCAAGCCCUGAGACGGUACGUCCGCGCCGAGAACAAGGACCGCCAGCACACCAUCCGCCACUACCAGCACGUCCUGGCUGUGGAUCCUGAGAAGGCUGCCCAGAUGAAGUCCCAGGUGAUGACCCACCUGCGUGUGAUCGACGAGAGGAUGAACCAGAGUCUAUCUCUGCUCUACAAAGUACCUUAUGUGGCCGAGGAGAUUCAGGAUGAAAUUGACGAGUUGCUCCAGGAGCAGAAAGCUGACAUGGACCAGUUCCUGUCCUCAAUCUCGGAGUCCCAGCCAGACGUCACCGUGUCGUCGGAGGAGAGCGUGGAAGUCCCCGUGUCUGAGGGCAAACCCUACCGGCCCUUCCAGGUCACGUCCUUGGGGUCACGUUCAGAGCCAGAGGGCGAUCUGUCAGACUCCCCAAGUGCCUUCAACAAAGGCUCCGCCAUGGCUGGUUUAGACGGUCUGAUAGGUGCUGAGGAGAGAAUCAUCAACAGCAAGCCCAAGAUCAGCGACAGCGUGGUGAUUGAUGAGUCUCUGGAUGUUAAAGAGGUGGUUUACAGUGCAGAGAGAGUCAGCGUAUUGCAUGAUGCUGAGCUGGAGUCGUACCGCCCCCUGGUAGAGGACUUCGGCUUUGGGGGCAGCGCACUGAUUGGCCUGCUGGUGAUCGCGGUGGCCAUUGCAACUGUUAUUGUGAUCAGCCUGGUGCUUUUGAGGAAGAGGCAAUACGGCACCAUCAGCCAUGGCAUAGUCGAGGUUGACCCCAUGCUUACACCAGAGGAACGCCACCUCAGCAAGAUGCAGAACCACGGCUACGAAAACCCCACCUACAAAUACCUGGAGCAGAUGCAGAUCUAACCAGAGCCUGCAAAGGGGGGGGGGGAGGGCGGCUGUGGAGUCUCACAAAGGAGGGCUACUUGAGGGGGAACAUACUACUGACCAAUAACAUAUGCUAUUGUUAAAAUCAUUUGCAUACAUCCAAACUCCAUUUACUGGUUUGUUCAAAACAAUCCUUAAAUAAUGCUACUACUUCUACUACUGCUACUAUUGUAUUAUAGAGCUCUUUUUUGAUCAUGUUUCUUUUUAAAAGGUGAUGUAUCUGCCAUAUCGCAUUAUGGAAAAUGUGAUUCUGCAGAUUUCUCUGUAAUUAUCGAUACAGCUAUCUCCGAUCAAGAUGUAUAACAUUUCUUCAGACGUUUUCUUUAAUUUUGAAAGUGAAAGGCAAAUCAAGCAAAAAUGUAAAUGUUUUUGAGCGGCCAUCAUCAAACGGGCUCUGCACUUUGAUUUCCCAUCAUGCAAGAUGUCGCCCAUGCAGUUUCUGAUGGUUUUCCUCAAAAAGAAUUUAUGUUUUUAUUUUGUUCUUUUUUUUUCCCCCUCUCAAUAGAUUGCUUGUAUAUGAAGGUUCUUUGUACCAAUUAAAAUGUACAGUGAAACAACAAAAUGAGAAAAAAAAAAAAAUGAAAUCAUGAAUUAUUUACUUUCUGUUCUUUGUUAUGAUAACA